UACCACAAAGCAAGUUUCUACUGAACAGUUAACUACUAAACAAGUAACUACAGAACAUGAAACUACUGUACCUGUUCAAAGCAUUAUCUCAUCGUCAGCACCAACUACCACAGAACAUGCUUCAACUGAAAUGUUAACUACUGGAUACUCAACUAGAGAGAAAGUGACUACUGAUUACUUAACUACAAGUGCUUCUACUGUCCCUGUUCAAAACAGUCCCUCAACACCAGUACCAACUACAUUCAAUACCACAGAACAUGUUUCAACUGAACAGUUAACUACUGAACACCUAACCUCUGACCCAGCGACUACUGUCCCUGUCCAAAACAGUCCCUCAUCGUCUGUACCAGAUACAUUCACUACCACAAAGCAAGUUUCAACUGAACAGUUAACUACUGAACACCUAACCUCUGACCCAGCGACUACUGUACCUGUUCAAAACAGUCCCUCAUCGUCUGUACCAGAUAUAUUCACUACCACAAAGCAAGUUUCAACUGAACAGUUAACUACUGAACACCUAACCUCUGACCCAGCGACUACUGUACCUGUUCAAAACAGUCCAUCAUCGUCUGUACCAGAUAUAUUCACUACCACAAAGCAAGUUUCAACUGAACAGUUAACUACUGAACACCUAACCUCUGACCCAGCGACUACUGUACCUGUUCAAAACAGUCCCUCAUCGUCUGUACCAGAUACAUUCACUAGCACAAAGCAAGUUUCAACUGAACAGUUAACUACUGAACACCUAACCUCUGACCCAGCGACUACUGUACCUGUUCAAAAACCAACUACAUCCAAUACCACAAAGCAAGUUUCAACUGAACAGUUAACUACUGAACACCUAACCUCUGACCCACUGACUACUGUACCUGUUCAAAACAGUCCCUCAUCGUCUGUACCAGAUACAUUCACUACCACAAAGCAAGUUUCUACUGAACAGUUAACUACUAAACAAGUAACUACAGAACAUGAAACUACUGUACCUGUUCAAAGCAUUAUCUCAUCGUCAGCACCAACUACCACAGAACAUGCUUCAACUGAAAUGUUAACUACUGGAUACUCAACUAGAGAGAAAGUGACUACUGAUUACUUAACUACAAGUGCUUCUACUGUCCCUGUUCAAAACAGUCCCUCAACACCAGUACCAACUACAUUAAUUUCCACAGAACAUGCUUCAACUGAACAGUUAACUACUGAACACCUAACCUCUGACCCACUGACUACUGUACUUGUUCAAAACAGUCCCUCAUCGUCUGUACCAGAAAUAUUCACUACCACAAAGCAAGUUUCAACUGAACAGUUAACUACUGAACACCUAACCUCUGACCCACUGACUACUGUACCUGUUCAAAACAGUCCCUCAUCGUCUGUACCAGAUACAUUCACUACCACAAAGCAAGUUUCUACUGAACAGUUAACUACUAAACAAGUAACUACAGAACAUGAAACUACUGUACCUGUUCAAAGCAUUAUCUCAUCGUCAGCACCAACUACCAAAGAAUAUGCUUCAACUGAAAUGUUAACUACUGGAUACUCAACUAGAGAGAAAGUGACUACUGAUUACUUAACUACAAGUGCUUCUACUGUCCCUGUCCAAAACAGUACCUCAUCACCAGUACCAACUACAUUCAAUACCACAGAACAUGUUUCAACUGAACAGUUAACUACUGAACACCUAACCUCUGACCCACUGACUACUGUACCUGUUCAAAACAGUCCCUCAUCGUCUGUACCAGAUAUAUUCACUACCACAAAGCAAGUUUCAACUGAACAGUUAACUACUGAACACCUAACCACUGACCCAGCGACUACUGUACCUGUUCAAAAACCAACUACAUCCAAUACCACAAAGCAAGUUUCUACUGAACAGUUUACUACUAAACAAGUAACUACAGAACAUGAAACUACUGUACCUGUUCAAAGCAUUAUCUCAUCGUCAGCACCAACUACCACAGAACAUGCUUCAACUGAAAUGUUAACUACUGGAUACUCAACUAGAGAGAAAGUGACUACUGAUUACUUAACUACAAGUGCUUCUACUGUCCCUGUCCAAAACAGUACCUCAACACCAGUACCAACUACAUUCAAUACCACAGAACAUGCUUCACCUGAACUGUUAACUACUGAACACCUAACCUCUGACCCACUGACUACUGUACCUGUUCAAAACAGUCCCUCAUCGUCUGUACCAGAUACAUUCACUACCACAAAGCAAGUUUCAACUGAACAGUUAACUACUGAACACCUAACCUCUGACCCACUGACUACUGUACCUGUUCAAAACAGUCCAUCAUCGUCUGUACCAGAUACAUUCACUACCACAAAGCAAGUUUCUACUGAACAGUUAACUACUAAACAAGUAACUACAGAACAUGAAACUACUGUACCUGUUCAAAGCAUUAUCUCAUCGUCAGCACCAACUACCACAGAACAUGCUUCAACUGAAAUGUUAACUACUGGAUACUCAACUAGAGAGAAAGUGACUACUGAUUACUUAACUACAAGUGCUUCUACUGUCCCUGUCCAAAACAGUCCCUCAUCGUCUGUACCAGAUACAUUCACUACCACAAAGCAAGUUUCAACUGAACAGUUAACUACUGAACACCUAACCUCUGACCCAGCGACUACUGUACCUGUUCAAAACAGUCCCUCAUCAACAUGA